AUGGACGGCGCAGGACUCACCCAACACCUCUACUCAGCAAUCCAGUAUGUCGGGUCGUCCAGGCGGUGGUGGCCGCAAGGUCCUUUUGCCUCCCAUUCAGUUCAUCUUCAGACUGCUACAGAGCAUGGGAGCUGGCAAGUGAUACCCUACGGCGACGGCGACUCCGACUCGGAGACCCAGGGCAAGUCCAGAGUUCGAAACACACCCGUGAGCGUCUGGCUCUACGAGCAGCUGGCGAUCCGCAUCGAGGGCAAGAUCCGCGGCUUCGACGAGUUUAUGAACAUUGUCCUCGACGACGCUGUUGAGGUCAAGCAGAUCACCAAGACCAACCCCACAGAAUCACGACGAGCGCUAGGGCAAAUUCUACUAAAAGGCGACAAUGUGUCAUUGAUCCAGAGCUUGGAGUAG